UUUGUAAAAAUUAUCUAAAUUAGCAGAAAUGAGUGUUUCAGUCCAUAUUCAAGGUAUUUUUAGGGAAAUCAAUGAGUUCAAUAAGGAGCCUGAUCAGAUGCAUCAGAGGAGCUUGCUGGUGAGAUCACUGAACUUCAUUAAGUUGUUCAGGCAAGGCCACGUCUAUCUCUCUGACCCAGCCCCAAAGGAGAUUAAAGAAUUAACCAAGAUGUUGAAGAAUGAAGAUGAUACUGUGAAAAGAGUCUGCCUUGAUAUCCUCAGUGUUUUCUGUGAGAAGUGGAGUGAAAGUGUUGUUAAAGAAGUGAUUAUAAAAACCCUCCAAGCUAUUUUAGAGGUUGUUAAGAACUAUCCUCUUGAAGACAAGAUCUUCCAGUCAGCUUUGAUGGCUUAUAGGCGGGUUUGAAAGGUUAUUAAAGCUAUUUCGGACUCAGGCAAGGAUCAGAUGGUUCAUGGUAAUGCUGAUGCUAAGAAAACUCUGAACCAAUAUUCUCAAAACAGUAUAAAAGUUCUAACAGUCCUCUGUAGAGAGCAAAAGGUGUGGCACUCUCGACUUUGAGAAGAAGAUAUCUCUGACGAAAUUUACAAAAGAAGGUCUAAAUCAAUUGAGCUUUCACUUUAUUGUAUUUCUUCUUUAAUGGAUUAUCCAUCAGGCUUUAAGACUAUUAUCUCUUCAAAGAAUAGUGAUGUUGAGGGUAAUUUUGUGACGAGUCUUAUUAAUUUGUUAGCCCCUUCCUCAGGAUCAGACAGGAACUUGCACAAUGAUGAUCUUUGUAGAGCCACAGUUGCAGUACUUAGCAAGGUGUUUAUGAUCAAAGAUAAAAGAGCAGAAAGCUAUGCUAUGCAAGUCCAGACAAUCCUUGACAGCAUUAAUGGGUUCUACAGAUUCAUUAAGCCAGAGGAGAGCAAAAAUGUUGAGCAAAAAUCUGUCGAGUCUUAUAGAGAAUUUGUGAGAUAUCACUUCCUUGGAAAGGAACCAAAUUACUCUUUCUCAGCAUAUCAGAGAAUGGUAGACCUUCUGUUUGCUCUUUUGAAGACAACUUUGAACCAGAAGAAAAACAUCCCAUAUUUUAAGUUCCUGAAGAUAAAUAUAAACGACGUGCUUAACAAUUUGGAGGGGAUUUUAUCAGAAAAUGCUAUGGAUCCCAGCAAAAGUUCACUUAUUCUUGAUGGCCUCUCUGCUGAAGAUUUUAAUGCUUUAUUGCCGGUCAUGAAGAUCCAAGCUAUGCAAUGCUUAAGGAUCCUGCUGAAUUCCGGAAGACUCACUGAUAAAGUAUCAUGGAUCAGGAAAUGUAUCUAUAUCAUGCUCAACAAUGAUAGCAUAAUGAGAAGUCAUAGCUUACUAACUGAGUUCUUCGACUUCUUCAAAGACUGUAUUAGAGUUUUCAAAUACGGACUUUCCUCUUUAGCUGGAAGUUUAUGGAUGAACAGUACCUUCAUUAUUCACCCUGACAUCAUGAACCACAUUUUGGCUAUGAUCAAGAUCAUUUUGCUUAGAGUUGACAAGACUGUUGUCAAAGUAACAGGCUAUACCUCACUGAAAGCUGGACUGAAAGUUGACGAAAACAUGAAAGAUGUAUCUCCAGAGUAUACAAACAUGUCAACAGUUGAGAUAGAAGCACGUUUGAAAGUAUAUCUUAGCUUUGUAGCUACUUGAGUCAAAGAGGGUGUCAUAAAUAGACUGAAAAGAAGUGACCUUGCUCAUUUUGAUAGUAGAUUACACACUAUACUCCAAUUGUCUCACUUUAAAUUCUUUCCUUUAUCACUAAGCGUGAAGAAGAGUAUCUUAGAAGUUGUAGAGGAAAGGAUCAGAGUCACAAAUUAUGGGGUUCACAACAACCAUAUCCUAGACUCCACGAUUAAGUUCUUAGAAAUGGAAGAGCAAGAGCCAAUGAAUUAUGAAAUCAAGAAAUUACUCGACCAGAUCAGAAGAAGUACAAGCGUGUUUGCAGGAAGAUUUGAGAAGAACCGUUCCGAUGAAGUUCAAAAGAUGGAAUCUAAUUAUUCAAAAAUGUGGGUUGAAGCUAAUAAAAAGCAACUUUCAGAGCUCUUAUUGAAUGAAAAGAAAAAGAGAGAUGUUAAGUAUUUUAAUAAACUGCAAGAAGAAUCUAUAAAUCAUGGAGAGGAAAUAACUGAACUUGAUUCAACCAAUCCACAAGCUCUUACUCGACAGAAUUGUCCGCCUCCGGGUUUGAGACCCAUAGGAAGGCCAAAUGAAGUGUCAUCGCAAGAUCAGAAUAUACUACAAGUGACUCAACAGCAAUUACAUCAACAAGACCGGUUAAGGUCUAGAGAAAAUACUUCUGUUCUUCAUGAUAUUAAAGAUGAGAGUGUCAGACCUCAACAAAUUGAAAGUGAAAUGGGAGGAAGUCAUCAGCUUCAAUCUGCAGUACCUGUUACACAAAUGGCUUCAGAUAUGGCACAAUCGUUCACUUGGGGUGAUCAAAGUAGUAGGAAAAAUCAAACUCAAAGAGAGAGUGUUGCUCAAUCUAAUAUUCAAUCUGAGGUUGGAGAAGAGAAUUUAGCAGGAAAUGCUAACAACAGAUCAGCCCUUAAUCCAAGUGAUGAUGUAAGCGCCUUUGAAGAUAUUGAGGAAUCUAGUGACUCAUCAUCACAUUCAGGGCAAUCUCUUCCUGAAAUUAAGGAUGAAGAUAGUGCUUAAAUACUGAAUAACUUCAAACUAUUCAAUUAUUUUGU